UAACAGACUCUCAAUCCAGUCAACAGGUCGACUUCUAAAAGCACUCUUACCUUAGUUACAAUGCCCCCACAAGGUACAGCACGCCCAGCACAGGCUUCGGGCCCCGCCAAGACGAACUCAACCCCGGCCACCACCAAGGCGAAUUCCACCCCCCCCACAACCAAGACGACUUCAACUCCGGCCACUACAAAGGCGAACCAAACCCCGGCUACUACCAAGGCAAAUUCUACCCCUGCUACGACCAAGCCGAACUCGACACCGGCUGCAGCUUCGUCUUCGACCUCAAACGCAAGUUCGACCCCCGCCAAGGCGCCAACACCGGAGGAUGCCAAGUUCAAUGCCGAGCAAUCGCGCAAGGACGCCAUCAUGCAGGCGCACUGGAGGCAAUGGUCGGCGAGCGCCGAUACGGACCUGACGUACGUCAUCAUCUUUGACCAGUCGAGCGCGCCCGUCACGGCCGAGAUCAAGCGCAUCGCGGGCCCCGGCGUGAAGCCCGCCGCCGUCCCGCGCGUGCGCGGCCUGAUCGAGAUCAUCCAGGGCGCCAAGCUCGGCAACGUCCAGGCUGCCACCGUCAGCGCCGCCGUCUACUCCGAGAUCAAGGAGAAGUUCGACCUCAAGCCCAUGACCGUCAAGAUGGGCAAGGACCAGCGCACCGGUUUCGUCCCGUCGGCCCGCGCUUCCACCGGCGCCGGAACCCCCGGCCAGCAGGCGAGUGGGAACAGCAAUGCUGCUAAGACCGGCAACGCUGGAAGCGGCAGCGCUACCAAGGGCGGCAAUGGUGCGGGUGCCAGCACGGGAGCUGGCAAUGCUGCCAAGGGUACUGGUGGUGCUGGGGCUUCCACUGCCACCAAGACCGGCAACGCCGCGGCUUCCACUGCCACCAAGGGCGGCAGUGCUGGCGGUGCUAGCACCAAGACCACCAACUCUGGGGGAGCCGGCGGUGCGGUUAAGGGCAAGGGACAGGAGCGGUCUUAGAGCGUUGGCAGGUGGGCGGGUUCCAUUCUGCCAAUAAGGGUGUCAUUUUGGUCGCUUUGUAAAUUACAUACUUCUCCAGGGCAGUAAGGCGUUCUCGUGUUAGCAGGGCACUCGUUGCUGGAUGGCUGGUAUAAGUUGUAGUUGGUGCUUCGGAUUGGCUCGUCUCAUUGCUCAGAUAUGGCUUAUUUUCGUAUCAAAAAGGAUGAGAGCUAACAGACGGGUUUCGAGUACGAAUACUGGAGUCUUUAGAGGUAAUAUCAG